AGGGUUUAUUGUUUCUUUCGGGUUUCUCGGGUAUUACGGUCUUGGGCUAGUGCUAAGCACUAUCGGUGUUGGUUUCUCUACAGUCUUCGUCCUCGGCAAGAUUUCUUGGGAUUUUAGAAGAAAUAAGCUUCCUUGGGGCUCAAGGUUCCUUGAGUUACAAGAAAUGCAAAGCCCUACAAAACUUCUCAUCGAGAGACAUCCAUGGGAAGUCAACGACGUCGCAAUCCCGCAUCCGACUUACUUCCACCCUAAAACGGACGACGAUAUCACCAGCUGGCAGAUCAAAAUGACGAGCAAACCUCGGCGGAAUCUAAUUAGCUUCGCCGGAGGUGCAAGACCCGGCAACCCGUAUAGCAUCAGGUCAGCGCUUAUCGAACAAUGCAAAUCUUUUUCCGACCAAUGCCGGUUCUUAAACUGUUCUAAUGGAAGUUGUGACAAGCCUGAAAACGUCAUAAAGCUUUUUCAAGACUCUGAGUUCUGUCUGCAGCCGUCAGGAGAUAGUCCAACGAGAAAAUCGGUUUUCGAUUCGCUAAUCUCCGGUUGCAUUCCGGUGAUCUUUAAUCCGUACACUGCAUAUUAUCAGUACGCUUGGCAUCUCCCGGAGGAUCAUAAGAGAUACUCUGUGUAUAUAGACCAAGAAGAUGUGAAGGUAAAGAGAGUAAACGUGGUUGAGAAAUUGAUGGCGAAGACUCUAAAGGAAAGAGAGAGUAUGAGAAGUUACAUUAUUCAUCAGCUUUUGCCUGGUUUGGUCUAUGGAGACUCUAAUGCGAAGUUCGAAAAGUUUCGAGAUGCUUUUGAUAUUACUUUUGAUAAUUUACUUGGGAAAAUCAAUAAGUUGGUUUAG